GCUGGACGAGACAACCUACCAGUUGUUGCAUUGCAGCACCUGUUUUUUUUUUUAAGAGAGAGAGAGAGAGAGAGAGAGAAAGAGAGAGAGAGAUUUUUUUAACUUUUAUAGAAGUGGUUAUUUUGCUUUGUGUGAGAGAGAGAUAUAUAGAGAGAGAGAGAGAAAGAGAAAGAGGUGAAGUCUCAACUCAACUCAACUCAACUGUGAAGAAGAAGAAGAAGAAGAAGCAGUGCUAGUGAUAGAGAGAGAAACAUACACACAGACACAGACACACACACACACAAACAAUGGGAUCUCAGACUCACCAACACCAUCACUCUUUUUGAUUCUCUUCUUCAAUCUUCUUCAGUUACAUUGUUCUGCAGCAUUACUUUGAGUACUGCAUCAGCGAACUAGUACGGUUUCUUAUUUAUUCAGUUGAUUCUUUUGAGCUGAUUUGAAAAGACGCGAUGGGUUCCAGAUUCCCAUCUCAUCAGCUCAGCAAUGGCCUGUAUGUAUCAGGCCGUCCUGAGCAACCGAAAGAAAAGACUCCGACAAUGAGCUCAGUUGCCAUGCCCUAUACCGGCGGUGACAUCAAGAAGUCAGGAGAAUUAGGGAAAAUGUUUGAUAUCCCUAUGGAUGGCUCUAAAUCUAGAAAAUCUGGUCCAUUAAAUAAUGCUCCUUCAAGGACUGGAUCAUUCGGAGGAGUUGCUUCACACUCCGGACCUAUUAUGCAAAAUGCGGCUGCUCGUUCUGCUUAUGUCACAUCAGGUAAUCUAUCUGCUGGCAUGUCUGCUUCAGCCUCAAUGAAAAGAACGAACUCUGGUCCGUUGAAUAAGCACGGGGAACCAGUCAAGAAGUCGUCUGGUCCUCAAUCAGGUGGAGGUACACGCCAAAACUCGGGUCCAAUACCUCCAGUUCUUCCAACAACUGGUCUGAUUACAUCUGGCCCACUGAAUUCAUCUGGGGCUCCAAGGAAGGUAUCUGGCCCGUUAGAGUCUUUAGGGUCAAUGAAAUCACAUAGUUCUGCUGUAGUUCAUAACCCAGCUGUGACUACUCUCAGUGUGGAUGAUGAAUAUUCCUUCAAGAAGAACUUCCCUAAGCCAAUAUUGUGGUCUGUGAUUCUGAUUUUUGUUAUGGGAUUCAUUGCCGGUGGUUUUAUUCUCGGAGCUGUCCGCAAUGCCAUACUCCUGAUAGUUGUUGUAAUUCUUUUUGGUACUGUUGCGGCAUUAUUCACUUGGAAUAGUUGUCGUGGAAGGAAAGCUAUUGUUGGUUUCAUUUCUCAAUAUCCAGAUGCAGAGCUUAGAACUGCCAAGAAUGGGCAAUUUGUGAAGGUUUCUGGGGUGGUUACCUGCGGUAAUGUUCCAUUAGAGUCCUCCUUUCAAAAAGUUCCAAGAUGUGUAUAUACGUCCACAAGUUUGUAUGAAUAUAGAGGAUGGGAUUCAAAAGCUGCUAAUCCAAAACAUCGCCGUUUUACCUGGGGACUUCGUUCGACUGAGAGGCAUGUGGUGGACUUUUACAUCUCUGAUUUCCAAUCUGGUUUGAGAGCAUUGGUCAAAACAGGCUUUGGUGCAAGGGUGACUCCUUAUGUUGAUGAUUCCGUUGUAAUUGAUGUUAAUCCAGAGAAUAAAGACAUGUCCCCUGAUUUCCUUCGAUGGUUGGGGCAAAGAAACCUUUCAAGCGAUGAUCGUGUUAUGCAGUUAAAAGAAGGGUACAUAAAAGAAGGUAGCACUGUUAGCGUAAUGGGGGUUGUUCAUAGAAAUGACAAUGUGCUUAUGAUUGUGCCUCCGCCUGAGCCAUUGACGACGGGAUGUCAAUGGGCGAAAUGUAUUUUUCCAGCUAGCCUUGAGGGUAUUGUUUUGAGAUGUGAAGAUACAUCAAAGAUUGAUGUGAUUCCAGUGUAGUUAUGUUCUUCUUAUCCCCGGAGUGAGUGAAUGAGUGAGUCUCUUUAGGUACUAUUCUUCUUUGGGAAAACAAAUUGAUGGGGUGGUUGGUGGUUGGUGGUUGUUGAUGUUGUUGUUGUUGUUGUGUUUUGUAAGCAUAUAUGUGUUGUUGGUAAGUCAGUGUGAAUGUGAUGAUGAUCUUGUUACCAUUUAUUUCCUUCCUUCCUUCCUUCCUUCCUUCCUUUUGGUUGGUUCAUACUCAACUUCCUUAGUUUGUUGUAUAGCUAAUGACAAUUCUUAUUCGUUUAUUUUUCUUUUUAAGAAUUUCAAACUUUUUGAAUGGAUAUGAUAUGAUGAUUUCUUAUA